AUGUUUAUAGGAGGACUUAGUUGGCAAACAAGCCCAGAGAGCCUAAGAGACUAUUUUAGUAAAUUUGGAGAAAUAUCAGAAGUUAUGGUUAUGAAAGAUCCCACAACACGAAGAUCAAGGGGGUUUGGUUUCAUCACUUUCGCAGAUCCAUCUAGUGUAGACAAAGUUUUAUCACAUGGCACACACGAGUUAGAUGGUAAAAAGAUUGAUCCAAAAGUUGCAUUUCCGAGACGGGCACAUCCAAAGAUCACCGACACAACGGGAACCUAG